CGGCGGGGCUGUGCCGCUCCUGACUCGGCCCCGCGCCAUGGGGAGCAGCCGCGGCGGGCGGCUCGCCUGAGGCGGCGGCGACAGCGGAGGGCGCGGCAGUGCCGAGGGAGCCCCGCCGCGGGGGCCGCGACCCGCGCCGCCGGGGAUGCUGCGCUGGGUCCGGCAGCAGCUGGGUUUUGACCCACCACAUCAAAGCGAUACAAGAACUAUUUAUAUAGCAAAUCGUUUUCCCCAGCAUGGCCAUUAUGUUCCUCAGAAGUUUGCAGACAACAGAAUCAUAUCAUCCAAGUAUACAGUGUGGAAUUUUGUUCCAAAAAACUUAUUUGAGCAGUUCAGAAGAGUAGCCAACUUUUAUUUUCUCAUUAUAUUUUUGGUUCAGCUCAUGAUAGAUACCCCUACCAGUCCUAUUACCAGUGGAUUGCCAUUAUUUUUUGUCAUAACUGUGACAGCCAUAAAACAGGGUUAUGAAGAUUGGCUACGACAUAAAGCAGACAAUGAAGUCAAUGGUGCUCCAGUUUAUGUUGUUCGAAGUGGUGGCCUUGUGAAAACUAGAUCUAAAAACAUUCGGGUGGGGGACAUUGUCAGAGGCCAAGAUGAGACUUUUCCUGUUGACCUGGUGCUUCUGUCGUCUGAUCGAGUGGACGGUUCAUGCCAUGUCACCACUGCAAGUUUGGAUGGAGAGACCAAUCUUAAGACACACGUUGCGGUCCCAGAAACAGCAGUGUUGCAGUCUGUUGCCAACCUGGACAAACUGGUGGCUGUUAUAGAAUGUCAGCAGCCAGAAGCAGAUCUGUACAGAUUUGUUGGAAGAAUAACUGUAAGUCAACAAGCUGAAGAAAUAGUACGACCUCUUGGGCCUGAAAGUCUCUUACUUCGUGGAGCAAGAUUAAAAAACACUAAAGAAAUAUUUGGUGUUGCAGUGUAUACAGGUAUGGAGACAAAGAUGGCAUUAAAUUACAAGAGUAAAUCUCAGAAACGGUCAGCAGUAGAAAAGUCCAUGAAUUCCUUUUUGAUUAUUUAUCUAAUAAUCCUCCUCUUUGAAGCCAUUCUGAGCACUAUUUUAAAGUAUGCAUGGCAAGCUGAAGAGAAAUGGGAUGAGCCCUGGUACAAUGAAAAAACAGAGCAUGAAAGAAAUAGCAGUAAGAUCCUGAGAUUUAUUUCAGAUUUUCUGGCCUUUCUGGUACUUUACAAUUUUAUUAUACCUAUUUCACUCUAUGUGACUGUCGAGAUGCAAAAAUUUCUUGGAUCUUUUUUUAUUGGCUGGGAUCUUGACCUCUAUCAUGAAGAAACAAACCAGAGAGCGCAAGUAAAUACUUCAGACCUCAAUGAGGAAUUGGGACAGGUAGAGUAUGUGUUUACAGACAAAACUGGUACAUUAAAAAAUGAGAUGCAGUUUCGGGAGUGCUCCAUUAAUGGCAUAAAGUACCAAGAGGUCAAUGGUAAACUAACUCCAGAGGGAUUUUCUGAAGAUUCUCCAGAUGGAAAUAGGCAUGGUUUGGUGAAAGAGGAAGAACUGUUCUUGAAGGCAGUUUGUCUUUGUCAUACAGUGCAGAUCAAUGCAGAUCAGACAGAUGGUGCUGAUGGUCCCUGGCAUGCCAAUGGAAUAACAUCCCCAUUGGAGUAUUAUGCUUCUUCACCAGAUGAGAAAGCUUUAGUUGAAGCUGCAAGCCGGGUUGGAGUAGUAUUUACUGGAAUUAGUGGAGACAGUAUGGAAGUAAAAAGCCUUGGAAAACCAGAGAGGUACAAAUUGCUUCAUGUGUUGGAGUUUGAUCCAAAUCGCAGACGAAUGAGUGUCAUUGUGGAGAGUCCCUCAGGGGAAAAGCUUUUAUUCACAAAAGGAGCAGAAUCUUCCAUUCUUCCUCGUAGUAAGAAUGGAGAAAUAGACAAAACAAGGAUACAUGUGGAUGAAUUUGCUUUGAAAGGACUAAGAACUUUGUGCGUAGCCUACAGAAGAUUCACACCUGAGGAGUAUCAAGAAAUUGGCAAACGCCUUCAUGAGGCCAGGACUGCCUUACAACAACGGGAGGAAAGAUUAGCAGAUGUGUUCAACUUCAUAGAAAGGGAUCUGGAAUUGCUUGGGGCUACGGGAGUAGAAGACAAACUGCAGGAGAAAGUCCAAGAAACUAUAGAAGCCCUCAGGUUGGCUGGUAUCAAAGUGUGGGUGCUCACUGGAGACAAGCACGAGACAGCUGUUAGUGUCAGUUUGUCCUGUGGACAUUUCCACAGAACCAUGAACAUCCUUGAGCUUGUGCAGCACAAGUCAGACAGUACCUGUGCAGAACAACUGAGGCAGCUUGCCAAGAGAAUAAAGGAAGACCAUGUUAUCCAACAUGGACUGGUUGUGGAUGGGACCAGCCUCUCUCUUGCACUCAGGGAACACGAAAAACUGUUCAUGGAAGUUUGCAAAAACUGUUCUGCAGUGUUGUGCUGUCGCAUGGCACCCCUUCAGAAAGCAAAGGUAGUGCGACUGUUAAAAACGUCUCCAGAGAAACCCAUAACAUUAGCAAUCGGUGAUGGUGCUAAUGAUGUGAGCAUGAUACAAGAAGCACAUGUUGGCAUAGGAAUCAUGGGCAAGGAAGGAAGGCAAGCUGUAAGGAACAGUGACUAUGCAAUAGCUCGGUUUAAAUUCCUCUCCAAGUUGCUUUUUGUUCAUGGGCACUUUUACUAUAUUAGAAUAGCAACCCUUGUACAGUACUUUUUUUAUAAGAAUGUGUGCUUUAUUACACCACAAUUUUUAUAUCAGUUCUUCUGUUUGUUUUCACAACAAACGCUCUAUGACAGUGUAUACCUGACUUUGUACAAUAUUUGUUUCACUUCCCUGCCUGUCCUCAUAUACAGUCUUUUUGAGCAGCAUGUGCAUCCGCAUGUAUUGCAGAGUAAACCCGUGCUCUACAGAGACAUCAGUAAAAAUGCCCAUCUGGGGUUUAAACCAUUUCUUUACUGGACCAUCUUGGGCUUCUUUCAUGCAUUUGUUUUCUUUUAUGGCUCGUAUCUUCUAAUGGGAGAAGACACUUCUCUGCUGGGAAAUGGCCAGAUGUUUGGAAACUGGACAUUUGGUACUUUGGUCUUCACCGUUAUGGUUAUAACUGUCACAAUGAAGAUGGCACUAGAAACUCACUUCUGGACAUGGAUAAACCAUUUCGUUACUUGGGGAUCCAUUGUAUUUUAUUUCAUAUUCUCCUUGUUUUAUGGGGGAAUUAUCUGGCCAUUUUUACAUACCCAGGACAUGUACUUUGUAUUUGUUCAACUGUUGUCAAGUGGUUCUGCUUGGUUUGCCAUAAUCCUCAUAGUAGUUGCUUGUUUGUUUAUUGAUGUUGUGAAGAAAGUGCUGUACAGACAUCUGCAACCAACAAGUACUGAAAAAGCUCAGCUUACUGAGGCAGGUUCAGGUAUCAACUGCUUGGACUCCAUGUGCUGCUUCUCAGAUGGGGAAACAGCAUGCACAUCUGUUAGAAGAAUGUUGGAACGACUAAUGGGAAGAUGUAGCCCAAACCCGGGUCAACAGUGUUUGUAAGGUUACCGAAGAAACAUGCAUUUAAACAAUUAAGGAGGAACUUAAGAAUCCAUCUGUCUGCCAAGGUAUAUUUUUCUAUUUGCAGUAAAUCUAAGUCAGUAAUGUCUCAUUCAGAACAUAGACAUGGUUUGCCUUAGACCAGAUUUUUUGGUGUGACAAAUACUUUGGAUGGAAGAAGUGACUGGGGUUUUGUGUUGAUGUCACAAAGCUUUUAAAAACACUUCUAUUCAAGGAAGGAAGAUUGUGUAUUUCUUUGACAGCUGAAGUGUAGGAAACCAUUCACUGUGCAUUGGGCACAGUGCAGAAUCCUUCGUGUAGAAGCCAGAACAAAAUCCAGCUAAUUCCGUGUAACACUGGCAUUCGUCCCCGAGUCAGAGUGGGAACAGGUGGGGGACAAUUUGCCACGGGGAGGAAAUGUCUUAUUAUUCUCUCUUAGCCUUGAAAUCCAUAAAAGCCUGUAGUAGGAGUUUGUAGUUCAAAGGAAGAGUGGUGUACACUCACUUUACUAUGCAGUGUCUCUGAAGAAGCACCUUCUCCACAGCCCCUCCCAAAUGGGAUUGCAUUCCCAGCAGGUCGGCUCUUGUUCUGGAAAAAACAGGGUUUGGUUUUGUUACUUAGGAAAACAUAAUUUUAGUUGCCAAGCUUAAGCUUUUAAAAGGAUGCAGUGGAAAAGACUUCAGUGGGAAGAUGUUCUGAAUUGUUUCACAAACUAAAAUGUAAAUAUUCUGCUUAAGAGUAUUCUGUAUAUCUUUUAAGGUUACAGGUAGGGGAGGGGGAACAAAAACUGCAAAGGAAGGAACCCUGAAAACUUUGGCUUUAUAUUUUCAGAGUGAUUUAUUGUUUUUAAGUGCAAAAGGUGAUUUGAGACAAGCUCAUGCAAUUUAGAAUGCGUAUUAGGCACCUACAAUGUCUUACUGAAAACCUUCAGUAGUACUUUCAAACAUGUUUUUUAUGACAGUGUAACUUCUAUAUUGGAAUAAAAUAUUUUCUAGUGUUAGAAGUGUCUCAAAGCUGUAGUCUAAAUCAUUUUUCAUAGUUUGAUACUUCUGUACUUCUAAGGAGUUAUGAUUUUGGUGAAAUAGUGUUAAAAUGCUCAAGCAUAAUGUGCUUCUGAAGCAUUUAUUUUUGAGCUAUUUUGGGAUUCUCAUUUUUUUGGUGUAGAAUCCCUAAUAACUUGCCAUCAUCGCUGGACUCACCACUGCCUUGUUUGUUACACAGAUGUCCCUGCUUAAAGUUGUUCCUAGAACUGGGCAACCACUCACUAGGGACUAAUUUUAUCCUUAUUCUGCUCCUAAAUUAGUUCCCAGCUAGACUCUCUUCUUUGCAGAUCUGGGUUGGGGGUUUUUUUGGAAACAUUUUUAUUGUUGGUUGUUUUGUACGUUCUUUGCUUCUGUUGUUUGCUUCCAGCGGCAUGAUUUGUCUGGGUUCUGCUCUCUGGGAAUGACUCAGUUUGUAACAGGAGGAGGGAAGAACGGGAUGCUCGUGCUCUAUCAGCUCUUGCCUUCAGUCGUCUUAGAAGCGCAUUUGCAUCGGUAUUUGCGAGGCUUCUGCUUGCCGUAGAUUUUUUUUCCUUCAGCUAAAUCCUGCUCCCAGAGGCACCAGGACUGUCUGGGUGGAGAGCCCGUGUGGUGCUGGUUGAAGGGAUGUUCCUGUCGCUGCCUGGCUCCGGCUGUGCUGCCCUCAGUCCAUCCCGUCAUCGCUGCAGAGGGGCCGCGGUGGUUCCGGGGCUGUAACUGCACAGAUGUGAGCGGAGGGGCCCUGGGCUGUGCCUGGAACGUGAUGAAAUAAAUGUGCUGCUGUUUGUGGCACAGAGCGUGACUUGUCUGAAAGAAACUCUGGCCUGGCCUAGGGGGGUGGAUUAAUUUUUCCUCAGCAGGUUUAAAGGAAAUUACUUCAUCCAUCAGCAGGUUCUCAACCUUUUUACGUUUUGAGAACGGGCUAGAAGAUAAUCUCUGGGGCAUAUAUAGAAAGGGGAAAGUGGUUAAAAAUAAGGCUCACCUUGCUGCAGGAGUAUCUUAUUUAUAUCUCAAAGAAUAGAUUUUACAAUUCCUAGUUGCAGUCCCACGAGAGAUUUCGGAUCCUAUGCAUACAAAAACAACAGAUCAUCUUGUCUCCUGUUUUUUCACUGAAGUGUGAUCAAGUUCUGCUUUUCCAAAG